AUGGAUACCGAUAAAAACUAUGAAUUCCUGAUGGGUAUAAAAAGUUCUUUUUCGCUUGACGAGUCUGGAAGCUCUUCUAGUGCGGAGGAUAAGGCAGUCCGUCGACAAGUUGCUCUUCUCAUCUCUAGCUAUAAAACAAGCGAUUCUCGGAAAUUUGAAGCGGACGUCAAACAAUUUCUUGACGAAGGGACAAUUCCACCCACCAUCAACAAACAAGACGUUAAAUCAGACUCUACUGGGAGUGGAACCGCGAUCCCCCCUGGAGUUACGCUUGAAAAACACCUAGAAAACCUCCAGCAUUUGAUAGAACUCAACAAUGUCCAUCCAGAGCCAGAAGACAUCGCUGGUGAAGAGAUUGAUUUUACAAAUCUCAUGGAUUUCUCUGAACUGGAGAAGAUUCCUCGCAAGCUUGAAGGUUUUCUCAAGUGGAGGAUAGCCUUCCAGCAGAAGCAAGCGAACAGUAUGCUCAAACAAUACUCAGAGAAGUAUGGGUAUCAACCACUGUUUCGUAAGGCAAUUCGAGAAUAUUUCACAACGGAUCUUUUAGGUCUUUCAAACCCAUUUUGGGGAUAUCGUCGCCGGCGCUUUAAUACGCAUGCUCAGGAGCUUUGUGCACAGGCAAUCAACGAAUUUCCUUGGCUCAAUAAUGCAGAGAAAACAGUGGUGGUUCAAGCAAGCCAUUGCUUCCCCCAGGAUGCUGAACAGUUUUGGAGGUGGAUUACAAAGAACCGACUAUCGUAUCUGUCUCUUAUUGCUAUGUUACAGGAUCCUGACCACAAGUUCACCGAAUAA